UUUCACAUCCCCUCACUAACAAAGAGACUCAGACCUGCUGUCUCUUGCAUCUCCGAGUAGAGUGAUGCGCAGCUAAGGAUUGAAGCUCCUGUACAUCGAGGCGAGAACGAAGAAAUAAAGAGCAGAAAUACACUUUGCUUUCAAUAAGAAGUAACAGACAAUAGGGGGAGUGUUUGAAAAGUUUCAGACAGACUUGACUGAACGUAAAGAGCGAAAAUGGUGUCGGCCGGACUGGAGAUCCUGGGACUGUCGAUGUGCGUUCUUGGCUCGUUCCUGGUGAUGGUUGCGUGCGGACUGCCCAUGUGGAAGGUGACGGCUUUCAUCGAGGCCAACAUCGUGGUGGCUCAAACAAUCUGGGACGGCUUGUGGAUGUCGUGUGUGGUGCAGAGCACGGGCCAGAUGCAGUGCAAGGUACACGACUCCGUCCUCGCCCUCAGCCACGAUCUGCAGGCGGCCAGGGCGCUCACCAUCAUCUCCUCGGUGAUGGGCGUGCUGGGGCUCAUGGUGGUGAUUGCUGGGGCGCAGUGCACCAACUGCAUCCGUACUGAGUACAUCAAAGCCCGGGUGGUGAACGCCGGAGGCGUCAUCUACAUCAUCAGUGGUCUGUUUGUGCUGGUGCCGCUCUGCUGGAUGGCCAACAACAUCAUAUCGGACUUCUACAACCCGCAGGUGCCCGCAUCCAAGAAGAGGGAGAUCGGCGCUGCGCUGUACAUCGGCUGGGCGGCCACAGCGCUGCUACUGAUCGGAGGAGCGCUGCUGUGCUGCUCCUGUCCCUCCAGCGGGAAUUCGGGAUACUCAGUAAAAUACGCACCGACCAAGAGGGCCACGCAGAACGGGGACUAUGACAAGAGGAAUUAUGUGUAGCUAUGUGGCUCGUAUCAGGCGGUGCGUAAAAGUGACCUGCAGCUUUUGAAAAACAGUUUUUUUUUUUCAAUGGACGUUAUCUUUGCACCUGCAGUUGUUGUUUUUUUUAAAUCAGAAAUCUGAACUAUGAAAUUCAAUGGAAGCACCUCUGCUGUUUUACCUUCAAAACGCUCGGACCGCAAAUUCACAAAUCCUUUUUGUAUCUACAGGAGAUUUUUUU